GGCAGCGGCGCCCCGGCUGGGCGCGGAGCGGCGGCCGAGGCCAGGGCGGCUGCGGGCGGAGCGCGGCCGCGGCCCCCGGCAGGAUGUCGGGGUCGCGCUGCCAGACGCUGUACCCCUUCUCCGGGGAGCGGCACCGGCAGGGGCUCCGCUUCGCCGCGGGGGAGCUGAUCACGGUGCUGCAGGUGCCGGACGGCGGCUGGUGGGAAGGGCAGAAGGAGGACGGGCUGCGCGGCUGGUUCCCGGCCAGCUACGUGCAGCUCCUGGAGCAGAAACCCAGAAAGGCAGCUCCUCAGACAGGAGAAGAUACCUUGAACAUCCAUCUACCCGCCGGCUGGCAGAGCUAUAUGUCUCCCCAGGGCCGAAGGUACUAUGUGAACACCUCCACGAAUGAAACGACCUGGGAGCGGCCAAGCAGUGUGCCUGGGACUCCAAAGAGCCCUGUGUCACAGCAGAGUUCUGCAGUGAAUGGCUACCACAUCUCUGGGACCCCAGUACACCAGGUUGACUCUGUUCAUAUGAGCCUCCGAAAAGCCAGUGGUGACCCCCAGACCCCGGGAUCCCCGGCAGCGCCGCGGCGGCAGAGCAAGGAGAGCAGCCUGACGAUAAACUGUGUGACUUUCCCCCACCCUGACGUAAUGCCAGAGCAGCAGUUGCUGAAACCUUCGGAGUGGAGCUACUGUGAUUAUUUCUGGGCCGAUAAGAAGGAUUCACAAGGGAACAAUACAGUCUCAGGAUUUGAAAUUCUUCUUCAAAAGCAACUUAAAGGGAAACAAAUGCAGAAAGAAAUGGCAGAGUUUGUUCGAGAAAGGAUAAAGAUUGAGGAGGAAUAUGCUAAGAACCUGUCCAAACUGUCUCAGAAUUCCUUGGCUGCUCAGGAAGAAGGGACACUAGGAGAAGCUUGGGCUCAGCUGAAGAAAAGUCUAUCUGAUGAAGCUGAGGUUCAUCUCAAAUUUUCUUCUAAGCUUCAGAGUGAGGUAGAGAAACCCCUGCUCAACUUCAGAGAGAACUUUAAGAAAGACAUGAAGAAGUGUGACCACCAUAUUGCAGACUUACGAAAACAUCUGGCCAGCCGUUAUGCUGCAGUUGAAAAGGCCCGGAAAGCCUUGACAGAGAGACAGAAGGAUCUAGAAAUGAAAACGCAGCAGCUAGAGGUGAAGCUCAGCAACAAGACAGAAGAAGAAAUUAAGAAAGCGAGACGGAAGUCCACUCAGGCAGGAGAUGACCUGAUGCGCUGCGUGGAUCUUUACAAUCAAGCCCAGUCUAAGUGGUUUGAGGAAAUGGUGACCACCACUCUGGAGCUUGAGAGACUAGAAGUUGAAAGGGUAGAGAUGAUUCGGCAGCAUCUUUGCCAGUAUACACAGCUGCGGCAUGAGACGGACAUGUUCAACCAAAGUACAGUAGAGCUUGUGGAUCAGUUGCUUCGGAAAGUGGAUCCUGCCAAAGACAGGGAACUGUGGGUAAAAGAACACAAAACUGGAGAUAUCCGACCUGUGGACAUGGAAAUAUAGACUGAUCUGUAAUUCUGUGUGAUGAGACCACUUAAUUAGCCAGGCUAAUGUUUGUUUUUUAAGGGUCAGAAGAGCAUAGGGAAAAGGUUGUUCCACUACCAGACACCUUGUAUUUUAUGCCUGUACUGGCUAUCUCUGUUACAUUUAGUCAUUAAAAUGGUCCUCAUUGUGCUAAGCCUUAAGCACCAGACAUUCCAGGGUGAAGAAACCAGAUGUGUGCUUCCUACCAGAGGUUCCCAGUUGCACGCAGCUUCCAGAAGAAAUCUGCUUUCUGGAACAGAGCUCUUUGUACUUCAGUGACUUUGUGCUAACAUCCCUUGCAUGACUAUCUUUAUACCGUAUGUUAGAACAACCAUGCAGUGAGCCUCUGGCCAACAAGUAGAUAAUGAACAUGAGGCAGGAAGCAAGGAAAUCCUGAUCAUGAAUCCCAGGUCUGUCACUGACUGCUUUCAUGGCCAUAGGCAAGUCAGUUAACUUUUCUGGUUCCCCCAUCUAUAAAAUACACAUAUCUCACAGCAAUGUUGUGCAAAUAUAUUUCAUAUAAUACAGUUUCCCACCAUGGCAGUGAAGUGAUGGCCCUUCUCCCAAAAUCUGUGGAGAAGACUCCUGGGUUUCCUGUUUUAUACUCCCUCUCAGGGAUACAUAAACCCAUUAUCAACAUGAUUUCUGUUCUAGGCCAAUCAAUAAGGCUGAAAGUGCUACCAUCACUGUUAUUUAUCAGGAAAGACUUGGUUGUGCUAUACCUACCUCAUUAGCUGUCUGAGUGCCCUCAAUGACAGAAAGAGGUUAUAUACCAAGGAAUAAAUGAGAUGUUCAAAACCCUUCCUGCUUAUGCAAGAUGUUUUCUCACAGAAUCUCCUUAAAGACAGUCCUCUAACAUUUUAUUUGGGAUCCAGGUUUAAAUCACACUUUGUUAGUUCUUUCAGGUGAAUAUCACAGCCUUUAGGUGUCUUUAAUUACCAGGUUUGUCUAGCUAAAUUGUGGGGUUUAUCUUUAUAGAGCCUGAUUUUCAAAGGUGCCAUGAAUGCUAGAUUGCAUUAAAUGUAGAUCUAGGUGCCCAGCACUUCUGCAGCAUUAGAUUCUUAACCUUGUUUUUUUCCUUUGUUACCCUUAUUGCAAACUACCAAAAAUUCAACACUGCUCUUGGCACAUAGUGUUACGUAGUUUGGAGACUGGUUUUGAAAAGGUAUAAAUUUUCUUCCUCUGAUGUUCAUUCUGAUUGAUUAUUCAGUGUUGCUGUUAAUAUAUUUUGCAGCAUUUCAUACAAGGCCAAGAUUCUUAAGAUUUUGCUCACCUUCAUUCUCACCACUGUGGCUCUUGGUGAUUACUGUGGUGUUAUCUGCAAUUUCCCAAGCCAUACUAUUGCAUUUGACCCACAAUCAUGCUCCACUUGAUCUCAUUGUUACCAUCAUUUUUCUCCCCAGCACCAAGACUGCAACCUUCUUCUGUUCUACUACUAUUCUAGGUUUUUGUUCAGCAGCCUCAAAGUGCUGUGGUUAGAUCAUUGAGAAUUAAUAUUCCCCAUUAUAAAUACAAACAGACAUGGAGAAGUCUUAUCUGAAACACAUUUUCAGUAAUGCUGCAGUGAUUGUUUUUCUGGUUUGCUAUUUCAAACUGAAUUCUCUUGUGUUUUCCUAUUGUUCCCUUUUUCUCAACCACUUCUUUACCAGUAUAGAUUCAUUCCUGUCUUGCAAAUGCCUCCACAACCCACUUUUCUGCUGUGUCAUUGAACUUUAUAAACCUUUGCAUGUUGGCAGGUGCAAUGUCAUGACUGCUUCAUGCUCAGGAUCGUUAUUCCUGGUGUGGCACCUCCCGUACUGCACUUCCACUACACACUUCUGUUUUAUUUUCAGUGUUGUAAGAAUCCAGCACCCUAUUACGUGAAUCUCACCUAAGUUCCUGCAAAGACCAUUGCAAUACAAAUGGAACACAGUUUGCCAAAGCGUCACAUAGUCCUUCAGCUCAGAGUACAUACGCUUCCCUAGCCUCCUUUUCUGCUGCUCAACCAGGAAAGUUUUGUGAUGAUUUCUCCUUUUUGAUUGUCCUAUUGAUUCACCCUGUCCCAAUAAUUUUUUUGGCAUACCAAUGUAUACUUUUUCUGUCUCUACCAUGCACUUUGGAGGACAGGCACUUUUUUUUUCUUUUUUUUUUUUUUUUUUUUUCAUUGAAAAACACAGGUGUAGGGUGAGCUUUCAAAACUUUGAUGGCCAAAAAUAACUGGAGUAUUUAAGUGCUUCAUCUCAGGUCAGCCCCUGUAUUCUAAGUUCUAUUGUAAAUUAAAAUGAGCAAUCUUAAUGACGCCUCACCACAUUCUUGUUUUGAUUGCAAAACCAAGCUAGUUGUGCACUUUAUACAGUAUUAUUAAUAAAUACCUGAAAUAAUGUGUUAUCAAUUACACUUUAUUUUUCCUCUUUCUUUAAAGAUGUUUGUUAUUUUAUCUGUUUUUGGACUGGAAAUACUGUCCAUUAGCACAAAUUUCUCUGAGGACUGAAAUGUAUUUUGGUUCCUCUACUAAAGUGUAUUUAAGAUGCUCUCAAUUCUCAACUGUAUUUUCUGGUAAAUUUUUUUAUCACUUUUGCUUUACUUCCAGGCAGUUUUCCUACUUGUAGUUUUUGGUCCAUUUGAAAUGUUGCAGGAAUGUGUAAGAUGCACAAAGCAAUAAUUCUCUUGAUGGAAUCUGUAUCUUUCUUUCACUUCAGUAAUCUGAGGAGAGCACGUGCACCUGGCGGUUAAUCUUUACCAGGCCCAGCAAACUUGUGGAAUACUGUUCUGCAACAAAUGAGAUGCUUCCUUUACAAGACUUCCAUCUGUGAUCAGUGGAAGUGUUCGGGAAGUUUUGCUGUUGCUUGUAGACAGUUUCCAGUUUAUUUCUUGCAAAAUGUGAUACUCCCUUGUGAUACGACACUGCAGACAGUGGGAUCAGUGUUACCCGGCUCAUUCAGUUCUCUGGCUGAUGGGUCCUGGACAGUGUGAUGCCUUACAAGGCAGGGGGUGCUGGAGCCCCUGUGCUUCUGAACAGACAGCAUCUUCAAAGAAGGUAGUGGCAUGUUUGAAGGGAAGCAUGGGUGCCUGCCCUUGUGUUUGUUCCUAACGAGGUGACUUCAGGAGUUUCACCAUUGCUCUAGUCAUCUUCCACUGAGUUUCAAAAAUGCAGUUAAACCCAGUAAUUCCUUGUGCAAUGGCUCAUCCUAAACAGCUGCUUCUUCAGAACAAGAUCGAACUUCAUGUUACGUUAAAAUAGUUAGCAUGCGAAAAGCAUGAUGAUGUUGAAAUGUAACUGAUUAAUAGGAAUAGCAAAGUAAAUCUUUUGCCUCUAUAGGUACUGAGCUUAAGGGUCAUCUCAUUUCAUUUGGCAGGUGGGCUCACGCACUUGAUGCAAGUUUUUACUAUUUUAGUCCCUACAGGUAUCAGUCUUUUUUUACUGAGUGACAGGGCUGUCUUACAUCUUCAUAUGGGUCUGUGUUUAAGUGAGCUUUUGAUUAGUACUGUUUGCUUUCACCUGAGGAGGUACAAUUAGUGGGAAUUUGCCUCUGGUUCUUAUUUGGUAGCUCUGCUUGUCCAGGUUUUUGUUGAAGCCACUUGCGUUUCAGGAGUCCUGCCACUCCUGAGGAGCUCCCUCUUUAUCUGAGUGAUGCUGUCAUGUACUUGUCUCGUGCUGCCAAGCCUCUGGCUUCCUGGCAAUCUCAGCUUCAGCUAGAGCCUUUUGGCCCUUGUCUGAGCUCAAGGGCUUUGUGAAUUCCUACAACUUUGAAUCCUACAACUUUGAAUCUAUUGAGUGUCAUGACUCAAGUGCCAGAGCUGGUGAAGUACUUAGCAGCUGUAACCUCAGCUGCCAUACAGAAUGAGAAUAUUUUAUUCAUCAUCCAUACCAGCCUGCCUAUGUCUUCAAAGCCAUCUUCUGGCAUAGUUACUCAAUAGAGAGUCCUUGUUAGAUGUCUUUCUCUAAGGUAUUCUUUCAGCUUAUUUCCUAAUAGAACUCAUCCUGGAUCCAGUGAUAUCCUAACAGCAGUGAAAGUCAUAUGGAAAUCCCUGUUAUGUUUCUAGAAUACUUUUUCCCCCUCUGCAGCCCUGCCUGAACUUCUGUGGUGUGUUGCACAGUUACAGCAAAUGCUGAAAUUGUUCUUCCUUUUGUGCAUAACAGGCAGCGUGCAAACUUGUGCUCUGGUUCUCUUUACCCUUUAUGCCUCUGUGCAGUGUCAUGUUGCAGAAUUACUUGCUUUUUGUUUAACUGCCAGCUCCAUCCUGUAAUAUCAGUGCGUGUAGCUGUCUUGUAACAGUGAACUGUGCUCAGAUCAUCUCUUCUUUGUUUGGUAGGGGCUUUUUUUCCUAACAGAAAAUUUCUGUAAAGCAUUCAUAGAUGGCUUUUACAUGUUCAGUAGCAGUCAUAAUUUCUCAGACCUUCUCAGAACAUCUUUAAAUUUGUCCCUGUUUUUAAUGUCAUUAUUUUAAAAAUUGCUGUAAGAUAGACUCUAUAUAGAAAUGAGCAUUCUUCUUUUCACCUGCUCUUUGGAAGUGCUCGGCACUCAGAGAUUUCUUGGAACACAACAGGAAGCUUGUAGGUGUUAAGAGACUUUGAAAAUCAGGCUAACAAAUAGAAAUGCAUAAGACUCUUUUUUCCUUAGUUGUUGAGUACAUGCAUAAGGUAAACAUUAAGAAAUGAGAACCUCAAAUAUUUAAUGUAUAAGACUUAGCUGCUAUAUGUGCAGUUCCAAGCAGAUCCAUGAGUGACCCUUUGUCAGGCUGUGAUAGGAGUGCAGAUUUAGAGCAUGGGCCUGCAGCUUACCUUUUGAUGCAGCUGUAAAAACCCAUAUCCAAAAUGAAGUGAAAAAGUAGCUCUACCCAUCUAUUUCUUCAGUCACACACAGGGAAAAAAAGAGCACUGCUUACCCAGGUGGGUCCUUCACUAUCAAGCACCUUAAGAAAUCCAGACCAGCACCUUGAAGGUCCCCCUGGAAUGAGUUAGAUGUGACUUCUUGGUGUGAUCAAUUGAUUGUUUUCUUCUGAAUUGAAAACAUAUUUGCUAUUUUAUAGUAGCUAGUGUGCUUUUGUUGCACUAGCGCAGCCUGCCAGAUCUGUUCCCAGAGAUGGCAGUCCUGGUCUCCCUUACACUUCUGCUUUGCAAGAACUAGGUCUUCAAAAGACAAUGUCAAAAAGGCAGUUUUCAAAACAAUGAACUUUAAUGAUCACAGUCCUUUCUGGAAAUUCUGUAGGCUUUUUGCUACCUAACGUGUUGAAAUAGGAGAAUGAGGUCCUGGAGGUUGCUGAAGCAUUGCUAUAAAUGGCUCUUGCUGUGUGGGCAUUCCUCCCAUAUAGUGUAGGGAGUGGUACACAGGUCCUUUUUUGCACAACAUAGGUAUCUGACACUGACAUUUUACCAGAGGAGCCUGCUGGUCACAUUUAAAUUAACCACGUGGUUAAUAGUCACGGACAAACUCAGAUUAAAAAGAGACACAUAGGGCAGGAAAAUAUUUAGCUGCCCCAGUGGUAUUUGAGCUUCUCGACAUGAGGCACUCACCUCCCUCAGACCCUGACAGGUCCAGUAACAGGCUCAUCAGUCUCUGAAUUCUGCCUAGCAUCUGGAAAUCAGUGAUUAAAUGUUCCCUUGUCGCUAUUGCUUGAUAACAGGUCUCUGCAACUAGCACCUGAUUGUGCCAGUAGGAGUCCAGUAUGUGGCAAUGCCACACUGAUGACUGCAGAAUGUUUUUUGGCAUUUGGCAGCACUGUGAUGUCCUGAGCCCUUGCACUGAACUGACAGUAAGUCAGGUGGAAAUGUACUCCAGGAUCUUGGAGCACACAGUCUUUCUGUUGCAUAAUGGUGAUGAAGUCUUUCCUGUCAGCAAAUCCUUGUCUUUUCCUGAGAAGCACUAUUGUUUAAAUAAUAUUCAUUACUUUGUCUUAUAGUAGAUCUUAUUCAUAUAAAUGUGCAUCUUUCAGUUCUUAUUUUUUCCUCUUCAUUGUUACUGUCGCCAACCCUCCAUCAUUGAGAUACAUCAGUUUUCAGGAUCUUUUCUUUAUUUUUAAAUUUUCAUAGAACAUCUCUGUUGCUUUAACGUGCUGACCAAACUUCAUGCUUUUGGAUAUUUUCUGAGAGUGGUAAGUGCAUACUUUUUGGAGGGGUUAUUUGGGGUUUUGUUUUGGAUUUUUCUUAUUAGCCACCAGGUUUGGAAGUGCAAUGACUCCUUUUUGUGCUAGUCACAGUUUCUUUUUUCUUCCUGGAUGUUUUUGCUGAAGGGACCAACACAUAGCACAAUUUGACAUAAAUUUCUAAUCCCAUGUGUUCCUCAAGGCAGAAACCUUUUGUGCCUAAUGAUGCAUCUGAUUCUAAAUACAUGAAUAAAAACUUUCAUAGACCAAUAAAAAAUAAGUCUUAGGUUAACUGCAUAAUAAUUACAAAAAAAUAUUUAAAUUUGAAAUGUUCUUAUUUAAUUCCCUCAACUUACAUUACAUUGAACUGUUUUAGGUGCAUCAUAAGAGACAAACUCAGUGGAUAUUCAGAACAAAAGCUUUUCAGCUGCUGUAUUCAGGUUCAAUGAGUGAACAAGACUAUAAUUUUGAAUAUAUGCAGUCUUUCAGGGCUACUGAUUUAACAAGUAAUGGCUUAUAUCACAACCCUACUAAAAUUCUGCUAGUAGUUUCCCUUGAAGUGCCUUUUAAAUUGUACCUGCUACAAGCAUGUAAAAUAUACAGAUUUACCCUGCAAAUUUGCAAAACUCGGGAGCAGUCCGUAUGCACAGAUCUGUGCAGGAUUCUCAACCUUUCUUCCUUGCUCUCUACUGUGCACUCUUUUAGGACAUGCACGUAUCCAGUAGACCUGCCUUUGUCUCACUGAUCAUUUACUGUCCAGCACAGUCAUCCUAAAUUCUCAAUGCUGAAAAUGGAGCACAAAAUGUUAGACUUGAAAGCAACUGCAUUGAAGGAGCGUUGCUAACCUAAUUUUCUGGCACAUCCUUCAGUAUAGGGGUCUCAGUUGAAUAAGCAAGGAAUUCUGCAUAAGAAUUGCUGAAAAGAAGUUUUCUGGUACUGGAAGUCUAAAGCUGAAUAGUGAUUUUGAGGAUCUUGCAUCUGCAUGACAUGACAAUCUUAAUCAUUUGAAUUUGGGAACUCUUGACCUAAAGGCCCUUGAUCCUUAGUAGUUUUUUUGAUGUGAUGGCUGAGAUUUUCAGAAUAGCCUAAGGAAUUUGGAUGUCCUUAUACCACUCUUAUUCCAGCAGAUCAAAAACACUCUUUAGGGACAGUAACCUCUAUCCAUUAUGAAAAAAACAGGUACUAGCAUUGGACAAAUAUUUUCUUCUCCUUAGAUAGUUUCCUUUCUUUCAGUAGCCAAAGACAGUGUGAAAAAAACACAGAACAGUAUUGCAGGCAUUCUAGCAGCAGGGAUUAAAAGGCAGGCUGGAUCACCAGUCAUACACUAAACCAGAGUUUUCUACUAAAAUAAAGUUGCUUAUUUGGUGCUUUUUGUGUAACUUCUGCUAAAUAUUUCUAAAUUUCUAGGAAAGUUGUCCUAUGCCAUUACUAAUGAUUUAUUUUUAAAGAUGUUUAACCAAAAUUUUAUAGCUUCCCAUAAAUUUUGGCUGAAUAGACCCCUUAAAUAAUGUAUCAUGCAGCCUCUGUCUGGGUAACUAGUAAAUCUUGGAUCAUUGUGCAAAUUAUAGGAUGGCUUUUGUUCCAUAACGAUACAUGAAGGAAUCACUUACUGUACUUAAGAAGUUGAAUGUAGAAAUGAUUUAAGGGGCAGAUCUUCAGCUCAGGUAAACUGGCAGAGUUUGGUGGAAGCUACUUUACGUCAGCUGUGGAUCUUGUCCUUCAGUGUUGAAGGCUUUUCCUAUACAUAAUUUUUUUGUCUUACUGUAAAACAAUUUCAUAUGGUUAAACUGUAUUUUCCUAUAUUGUUCUGCAAGUUUAUAUGAACCACAGUGCUCAUCUCAUCUCUUGUAAAAUAAACUGUACAGAGACACAUUGAGCAUGGAAA